CCAACAUAAUUAACAAAUCCAAUUAUAGGCUUUACCCUCCUGCUGGAAAUCAUUUGUUAUUUAGAAAAAAAAACAGCACAUCCGCAUCUGAAACGGAGCCUUUUCAGUUCGGCGUUCAUCUGACAUUUUCUACAGGCAUUCUCUCACGAAUUCCUUAUUAAAAAAAACACACAUUUAUAAACCUGCCGUUAUACACAAUUAUAUACAAGCUAUAGGCUCAACAAAAUCUACAAUAUAGCUUCAAUAAUAUAUAGAGUUCAAUAUAGUGUGGCAACAGCUUGUGAUAUCUAUAGAUCAUGCAACAAUGUCUCUUCAGAUAACGUCUAUGGAGAAUAACAUAUCUAUAUAUUUCUAUAGAACCUAAUGAGUUUUCUAGGGAUUAGCAAAAUAAUAAUAAUAAUAAAAAACAUUACUGUGAAUUCAACUUUGCAAUACUUGGAAAUAGAUGAUACACGAUAUAAUAAAAUACGAAGUUAAGGGCCUGGACAGGUAUAUUAUAACACCACAAUUACAAUACGGUCGCGUGUUGCAGAAGCGCUACCCAGUUCAGCCUGUUGCCUGAGUUCUCUUAGUGGUGAUAUAAACGGCCUCAGUUCAAAUCUGACAAAAGAGGAUUAGGCACACCCACAGAUGUAACUAAACAGGGAAUAAUGUGCAGAAGCUGUGUUUUUCAGAUUGAAUCUAACUCUUUGGUGUUUUGUUUUCUGAGGAGUCCUGUGGGUAUUUUCCAUUGAUGGAACAUUUGAACCUGACUGAUUCUGUGCGUUUUUUACAAUCGCGACCAGUAGAUGAUUGGAGAAAGCCUACUGAGGUCUUCAUUGACUCCACCGUGGCUAACAUUAUUGAACUGGAAGGGAAGACACAAAGCCUUACAAGUCUGCUGUGGCUAGAGAUGACAUGGAAAAACAGCUUUAUAUCAUGGGAUCCUAAAGAGUUUUGUGGAAUGGAGUCAAUGACAAUACCAUUGGGCCUGUUGUGGUUACCAGACCUCUAUAUAUAUGAGAUCAUGGAUGAUGAUGUAAGCCCUGUGAUAAAUAUUUUACAAGUGAAGCAUGAUGGCUCAGUUAAACAGUCCAAGCCUGUAAGACUUGUUAGUGCCUGCAAGUUGGACAUUUUUGGAUUUCCUUUUGACACCCAAAAGUGUACAGUAACUUUUGGUCCUUAUGUGCAUACAGUGGAACAAAUGACUAUGCUUGCAGCAUCCAACUCUUCUGUUGUAACCCAGAUCUCAAGGGACAAUUUCUCUAAAAGAGGAGAGUGGGAACUUCUGCAUGUUGAUGUCCAGAACCUAAAUCUUUCUUUCAGUGGCAUUCUGUACAGCCAAGUCAAAUACACGAUAACAUUAAAAAGGAUACCGAUUGUGUAUGUGGUGAAUUUAAUAUGCCCAGCAGGAAUUCUGAUAAUCUUGGAUUUUGCUGGCAUGUUUAUUUCAGUAACUGGAGGGGAAAGGCUGGGGUUCAAGAUCACAGUUGUCCUUGGAUUCUUGGUUCUGCUUCUAAUAUUGAAUGAUCAGCUACCCAAUACAGAAGUGUCUCCCAUUCUAGGGGUGUUUUGCAUGCUUUGCUUUGCACUGAUGAUAGUAAGUAUAAUGGGUACAGUCGGAGUCUUGUACAUGGUGGAAAUGUCAUCCGUGAGCUCUGAGGUGCCGAGCUGGAUGAAAAAGUGGGUGCUGAAGCACAUGGCAAAAGCCCUUCUUGUGAAAACCAGUCACACAGCAGAUAAAGGAGCUGAUGAGAGCAUUAUCGGUUUCUCAAAUUCCAGCGUACGAAGCACAUCGAUUCGAAUGAAAAAAGCCAGCAAGAACCACAGUAAAGAAGCAAUACUGCUGAAGAAGGUGCUGCUUGAAAUCGUAAUGAUCAGACGUCACUUGGCCAACACUAGACUCAAGGAGGAAUCACAAAAUGACUGGCACAUGGUUGCUUAUGUCUUAGACAGGUUUAUCUGUAUAUUUUACUUUUUUAGCAUAGUAAUCAGUAUGGGAAUAUUAAUUACUGUUUGGCUAAUCCCACACACUUAGCAAAUUCUAUUUGUUCUGCUUCUGUGUAUUAAGGGCAUUAAUCCUAAACAGAGAAGCAAGCUAAAUUAGAAAUCAACAUGCUACUAAAGUCAUUUUUGUUGUCAGCAUUAAAUAAGAUAUGAAGGAAAGUACAGAGGAAAGCAAAAAACUUCAACGCCCUGCACAAGGAUGUUAGACAAUGGCUUAGUUCAAACCCCAUUAUAUGUGCUGACCUGAAGAAUUGUUUUUUCUUUUUUUUAUAAAACUUUAUUCAUUAGUUUUUUCUUUCUUUUUUGAUGAACAAACUUGUAGUACAAGCUAUGCAGGGUUACUAAAUAUUUCAUUUUAAACCAGGAGCGAAUUGUGUUUUUAGUAAUGAAGCUGUCUGUAUUGUAACUUUGAAAGGAGGUAUGAAGUAGGGGUUGUGGGGUCAGCUUGGGCAUUUCUGUAUUGGCCUCUAUAUUUGUUGAUUUUAGAUCCAGAGAUUACUGAGUGUUCAUUAGGACAGAUGAAUCAAGACCUAAAGUAUUUUUGGUCAUGCACAAUCUUGCAAUUAAAUAGUACUUAAGUGUAUGUAACAUUCAAAAACUAUUUUGAAAUCUAGUUUGCCUCAUUUUGAAAAGCACAUUGAUGCGGUACAUCAGGACCUUCAGGGGCAACUCAAAUAGGAUGGUUUUAAAUGAAUUACCAAUAGUAGAACAGUGUAAACACACAGUGAAGUCUCCUGAAAUCAAACAGACUUUGAUAACUAAACCAGUUAAGUUAAAACCAAACCAGUUAUGAGCCUUAGAAAUCACUCAGCUACUCAAUUUAGUGACAGGGUUUUUUGUUAAACAAACUUGCAGUUCAGGCUAUUUAGAUUAUAAAAUGAAUUAUUUCAAUAAAGCUUUCAUUUUAAACUAAGAGCCAAUUCUGUUAUUAAUUAUGACACUGUCAGUAUUACAACCUCUGGUAUUUGAAAAGAGGUCUGAAAAAAAGGGUUUUGAGAGGAGCUUGAGAAUUUUCUACAUUGGCCUUUGGAUUUGUUGAUUUUUACAUCCAGAGAUCAAUAUUUGUUGGAAACUCUUUCAAUUAAAUACUGUAUUAAGUACUGUGUGUAUUAUUUUAGUUUGCCCCCCCCCUUUUGAAAACCACAAUGCUGCAGUAUGUUGGGAGCUACAGAUGCCAUUGGGAUAGGAGAGAGUCGACUCUAUGGGGUAGUCAGCCAUAUUACCAAUAGCACAACAUAAGCGUGCACACACAAUGCAGUACAAACACGCGAAAGCAGCCAAACAUGGAAAACUAAACCACAGAGGUUAAUGGACAACUCAGCUCCUCGAUACAAUGACGGCGAAUAUUUUGUAACAAAUAGCCAUCGGCAUUAAUGCACAAAACAACUUCCUCAGCUGUUGUUGUCUUCAUUGGAGUGCUCUGAGUUUAAUUAAAACAUUUUUGAAGGCUGCUGGUUCCAGCUUGUAAUAGUGUUUGAAAAACAAAACAUGCGUUUAAGGGAGUCAUACCUCGGGUUCAAUAAAAGUAAUGUCGCAUUGCAUGAGUACAUCCGUCAGUACAACUAAAAACAGCAUGCAAUGCUGCAUUGAUCUAAUUAACAAAUAAGAAAACUACCCCAGAAGAGCAUAACACAGUUUCGCUGUAAUACUGGAUAUUAAAACACAGCCCUGCUACCCUGAAUUUAAUCCAAAUGAAAGUUGAUUCAAUUUUUUUUUCUUGGUAAAGAAUCCUAUGGGGAGUCAAGUAUAAAAAAAGCACAUAUAUUGUACCAGGUGUGCUUUUUUUCCCCCCCUAGAUUUAAUUUAAAUCACGUAAUUUUAACGAAAUAAACGUCUUUCCCACCGCCAGAUUUAACAUAAAUAUUAACAAACA